UACUAAUCCACUCGAUCCACUCCCUUCUCCACCUAUCUCUCCUUCCCCUCCCCCUCCCCCUCCCCCUUCGCCUCUUCCCCCUCUUAUCUCCUACCUAAUCCUAGCACUCAAUUCCCAGUCACCACCAACACAAAAACACUCAAAAUCAACCCUGUGCGCUAGCUAAAAUUAAUCGAUCUACUAGUGCUCGAUUCACUGAACAGGUAGUGAUCGAUCGAUUAGCUGUUAAUCAACUAAUAAUUGAGCAGUUACAAGGAUGGGGAAGGACUGCGGCAACCACGGCGAGUGCGAGCGGCAGAAGAUGUACCGGCGCGCCUUCGCGUGCCUGCUGGGGCUGGUGAUCAUCGUCCUCCUCAUCAUCCUCAUCGUCUGGCUCGCCCUCCGCCCCACCAAACCCAAGUUCUACCUGCAGGACGCCUCCGUCUACCAGCUCAACCUCUCCACCCCCGACAACAUCCUCUCCUCCGUCAUCCAGGUCACCAUCUCCUCCCGCAACCCCAACGACCACAUCGGCAUCUACUACGACCGCGUCGACGUCUACGCCUCCUACAAGUAUCAGCAGAUCACGCUGUCGUCGGUGUUGCCGCCGGUGUAUCAGGGGCACAACGACAUCGACGUGUGGUCGCCGUAUCUCUACGGUGCGGCCGUGCCGGUGGCGCCGUACCUGGCGGACGCGCUGCAGCAGGACUGCGCGGCGGGGUUCUUGCUGGUGCACGUAAAGAUCGACGGCCGGAUACGGUGGAAGGUCGGGAGCUGGAUCUCCGGCCACUACCACCUCUUCGUCAACUGCCCUGCCUUUCUCUCCACCCGCGGCGACGGCAGCGGCGGCGCCGCGCUGUCUUUCAAGUUCCAGCAGAUGACCGGCUGCAGCGUCGACGUCUGACUCUGAUUUAACGGCAGGUCCUUCCGGUGAUACCAUGUGUUCUACUGUUACCUGUUAGUUAGUUUUUUUACUUCAUCCUAAAAUUGACGCCGUUUGCUAACGCCGUUGCGCGUCAGUUUUUAUUUUUAUUUUUAUUUUUAUUUUUAUUUAAUCGGAAAGGAUUUUGCUUGUGGACGGAUAAUUAAUAAGGUGAAUUAUGUAUUGUACAUUGAUAUAGUGGAGGAGGGAAAGCCGUAGAAAUAAAGAAAUUUUGUGGUUGAGAAAA